GCCGCUAGGCCUCGCAAGCCCUGGGAUUCCGCGCGCUUGCCUCUUGCCUGUCCCAGCCCUCCCCUUCCCGACCCUCGGUCCGUCCGCUGGGGGCGCGCGCUGUGCGUGGCUGGCGGCGUCGGCAGCUGAGCGCGAGUCGCGUGGCCGUGCGUGGUUGCUAGGGGCACCUGAGGUUGCCCGCUCUCCCAUCAGGUGGAGCGAGGAAGUUACGCGGAGCCGGUGCCGAUCCCGGGCGAAGCUGGGUCUCCUAGGCUGACGGAUUCAAGGAUGCAGCUGGUGCUCCUGGAGGUGUGUGGCAUCUUACCUGAGUCAGGCCAUGGAUCCAUGAGGCCAUGAUGUGGGCCCCUUAUGGCCUCCGCAGGAACAGAGUACUACAGUAUUGGCCUCCGCCGAGGAAACACCUUCAAGCAGAGCAGUCCCUCAGGCACAGGGACACCAUCAUCUGAGAAAUCCUCAGAGGGCAAAGUCUGGUCUCAGGCCCAUCAGCAGGUGAAGCCAAUCUGGAAGCUGGAGAAGAAACACGUAGGCACGCUCUCUGCAGGGCUGGACACCAGUCUCUUGGGUAUCCCACCCCAGCCAGCCUAUUUCUUUUGCCCUAGCACCUUAUGUAGCUCUGGGACCACAGCUGUCAUUGCAGGUCACAACAACCCCUGUUACCUGCAGUCUCUCCCAGACUUAUUCAGCAAUACUCUGCUGUACCGCUGCAACGUGAGGCAAAAACGAUACCAGCAACUGGAAUCUUUCUGCUUGCAUUCAAGCCCAUCAGCAAAAAGAUCUUUUUCUCUCCCUCAGAAAGGUCUCCCUGUCAGUGUCACUCCCAGUAAAGCUACAUCUUUUACAGUCUUCCCUAUGGCCCAGUCCAUGGCAUCUUCACCGACCGAUCCAUACCUCUCAUUGGCAGCAGCCGGGGAAAACCCUUCAAGGAAGAGCCUACCUUCUGCUAUCUCAGGGAAGAUUGUAUCUCCACUGUCCUCUUACAAGCCCAUGCUGAGUAACAACUCCUUCAUGCGGCCAAAUAGCACUAAAGUGCCUUUAUCACAGGCCACAGAAAGCCUGAAGCCAGUAUCCUCACCCAAGAUCCAAUCUGUCUCGUGGCAUCAUUCAGGGGAUACUGGAGACUGUGUACCUCAGCUUGGUGACCAUAAGGUGCCCAAAAGCAUUGGCACUGUGCUAGAUGAUGCUACUGCCCAUAUCAUCCCAUCUAUUCCUGGCAUCCUUAACAUACCUGCCGCUAGUGUUGCCUCUUCCCAGUGCGGCCAGAAUAACUUGGCCUUUAGGACAGAGCCACAUUCCUGUUGCCUGGAUGACAACCUGGAUUCCCAGACUGCUACUAAAGAGGUUCGGUUCACUGAGGCUGUGAGGAAGUUGACAGCAAAGGGCUUUGAGAAGAUGCCACGGCAAGGGUACCAGUUUGAACAGACUUGUUUUGUGAACCCCAGAGUCCAGUGGGGCCUCCUCAACAGGAACAGGCGGUGGAAACCUCUUGUGGGCCAGCGGUUUCCUCGGGAGGAUACUGGAUCUGAUGGUGGGAUCCUUCCUGGUGCCUCGGACACCGUGGGGUUGGACAGUACAGUGUUCUGUACCAAAAGGAUCAGCAUUCACCUCCUUGCCUCACAUGUCCAAGGGCUCAAUCCCAGCCCUACCUGUGGGUCUGUAAGUGACCCCCAAUCACUUGGAGAAGACAGAGUUCCUGCUCCCCCUUCUCCCCUUCAGCCUCUUGGUGCAGCUGAAGUAGCCACUCGCCUUUCUUCAAUCCAUCUUGGCCAGCCUGGGAAGGAGCCAGAGGAAGCCAGGGAGUUGAACUCAUUUGUUAGGGAUGUUCGUUCAGCUACUGACCUCCAGCCAAACCAGGUGGAGCCUGAUAAUCCAGAAGAAGAAUUAGGAGAUGGUUUGGAAGACUCUUGCAGCCAUGAUGAGAAUGAAGAGGAAGGAGACUCCGAGUGUUCCUCUUUAAGUGCUGUCUCCCCCAACGAGUCGGUGGCUGCAAUAUCUCGGAACUGUGUGGAUUUAAUGAGUAAAUCCCUUGCCAAUCAUGAGAAAGUUGUCCGACCAGCCCUUGUCUAUAGUCUCUUCCCCAAUGUGCCCCCUACCAUCUAUUUUGGGACUCGUGAUGAGAGAGUGGAGAAACUUCCCUGGGAACAAAGGAAGCUACUCCGAUGGAAGAUGAGCACAGUGACCCCCAACAUUGUCAAGCAGACCAUUGGACGGUCACACUUCAAAAUCAGCAAGAGGAAUGAUGACUGGCUGGGCUGUUGGGGUCAUCACAUGAAGUCUCCUGGUUUCCGAUCCAUUCGAGAGCAUCAGAAGCUAAACCACUUUCCAGGCUCCUUCCAGAUUGGGAGGAAGGACCGGCUGUGGCGGAAUUUGUCUUGCAUGCAGAGCCGCUUUGGCAAGAAGGAGUUCAGCUUCUUUCCCCAGUCCUUUAUCCUGCCCCAGGAUGCCAAGCUCCUGCGAAAAGCCUGGGAGACCAGCAGCCGCCAAAAGUGGAUUGUGAAGCCACCAGCAUCUGCUCGAGGCAUUGGCAUACAGGUCAUUCACAAAUGGAGUCAGCUCCCCAAGCGUAGACCUCUGCUGGUACAGAGGUAUCUACACAAACCCUACCUCAUCAGCGGCAGCAAAUUUGAUCUGCGGAUCUAUGUUUACGUCACUUCUUAUGAUCCUCUACGGAUUUACCUCUUUUCAGAUGGACUUGUUCGCUUUGCCAGUUGCAAGUAUUCCCCUUCCAUGAAGAGCCUUAGCAACAAGUUCAUGCACCUGACCAACUACAGUGUCAACAAAAAGAAUGCAGAAUACCAGACCAAUGCAGAUGAGACGGCUUGCCAGGGUCACAAAUGGGCACUGAAGGCUUUGUGGCACUAUCUGAGCCAGAAGGGAAUUAAUAGUGAUGCCAUCUGGGAGAAGAUAAAGGAUGUUGUUGUCAAAACCAUCAUUUCGUCAGAGCCCUACGUGACCAACCUGCUCAAGUUGUAUGUCCGGCGACCCUACAGCUGCCAUGAACUCUUUGGUUUUGACAUUAUGCUGGAUGAGAACCUUAAGCCCUGGGUCCUGGAAGUCAACAUUUCCCCAAGCCUCCAUUCCAAUUCUCCCCUGGACAUCAGCAUCAAAGGCCAGAUGAUCCGUGAUCUUCUUAACCUGGCAGGCUUUGUUCUGCCCAAUACAGAAGAUUUCAUUUCCAGUUCCAGCAGCCCCAGCAGCUCCAGUGGCUCCAGCACCAGCCUGCCAAGCUCUCCCAGGGACAAAUGCCAAAUGACUCCGGAGCAUUUCACUGCACAGAAGAUGAAGAAAGCUUAUUAUCUGACCCAAAACACUCCUGACCAGGAUUUCUAUGCAUCUGUGCUGGAUGUCCUGACACCAGAUGAUGUUCGGGUUCUGGUUGAGAUGGAAGAUGAGUUUUCUCGUCGUGGUCAAUUUGAAAGAAUAUUUCCUUCUCGAGUAUCUUUUCGCUAUCUCCGGUUUUUUGAGCAGCCACGGUAUUUCAACAUUCUCACCACCCAGUGGGAACAGAAGUAUCAUGGAAAUAAGCUCAAAGGAGUAGAUCUGCUUCGGAGUUGGUGCUACAAAGGGUUCCACAUGGGGGUCGUCUCGGACUCUGCUCCACUGUGGUCUAUGCCAACAUCACCUGUGACUUCAUCAAAGGGUGAUGGGACACCCAGUGCUGUCAACAAACCAGAGCUCAGCAGGUCAAGAAAACACAGCUGCUCUGAGGGAAAACUGCUACCCUCUGAAGGUAGGACCAUACCCAAGUCUAAGAAGACUCAAGUUGACCCUAUCCUCAGGAAGCCUUCUUCCUCAAAGGACACUGUGGACACCAGCAAAGAGCCCAGCCUCUCCACCCAGGUGUUACCUCUGAUCAAAGACUCUGGGCAGACUUUGAGAAUUUCUGCUUCCCAGUUAACCAGUGACUCCCUGAAUGCUGUGAGCCCAUGACUGGCUUCCUGCACAGGAGCACUGGUGUCAGCUACCUCAUGGGAACCGGCCUGCUGACCAGCCUGAGCCCCUGCCCCCUCUACUUUGUCCCUCAUCAGAGUAUUUUUUGAAGUGGUUCUAUUGUAGAUAGGGGCAGCUGGAGGGCUGGAACGGUGGUAGUGGGGAAAAGAUGAGGAAGGUUCACCCUCUGUCACAUGCUUGCCUGCCUGGCACUUCAUAUCUCAGUAGAGAAGCCAGUGAUGCCAAGCAGCCUUAAAGCAGGGUUUGGUUUCUACUUUGAGAGCCAUGUAUGAUUUAUUUGAAGCCUUGGUACAGAGCUUGAAAGGAGAAAAUGUGUGGAACACAUGAGGCAGAAGUAAUUGAGAGGGAUUCCUUGAUGGCCCAGAUUUCCUCAGGUUCUGUCUUCUCAUCCGGUCCUGAAGAGUCACUUUCAGAAACCUUUAGACUUUCUCAAAGACAAGCAGAGAGACCGUGGCAUGCUGAGGCCAUUUCCUGGUGACCUUCAUACCCUACCACCAGCAAGUAACCCUUCCGUUCUAAUCUCAUAUCACCACUUCUCAAAAUUUCUAGGCCUCUCUUAUAGAUAUUCAACUGCUGGGUUUCUGUGAGACUCUAAACUAUGAAUCUUCCAGGGCUCCAGUGAAGGAUUCCAGGCUAUCCCAGUUGCUGUUAUCUAGAGGGAGGGUGGAAGGAGCUGUUUUCUCCUCACUACCUGGAAGUCUUGGUGUCAGUUUUGAUUUAGGCACUCUGGUGGCUUGGCAGGCAGGUUUCAGCACAAUCUUACAGGACAGACUUCUCAACCCUAAAAGCUAAUACUCAGCCACUACCUCCCUCCUAGACUCAGUAAACACUGAGCACUGAAUAAAUGUUGACUGAGUCAGCUGUGUAUAUAGUUCACCAAGAACAUGGGUAUCUCAACCAGAAAUGCUGCUUCUCCCCCCAGUAUAGGGAAGUAGACCUGAGGGAAGCCCAAAGUGGACGAGUUUGGAUCAGGAAAAUUGUUUUCAUUGCAACUAUGGUUCUCCCUUAGCCCAGCACCCCCCAGUGCUCACUCCUUCCCAGGCCAUGCAGUUCCUCUAGUUUUCUAGCAAGGAGGAGGGCAAUCAAGAAGCCAGUUGGCCCUGUGUCUGAUAAGCAGAGUUUGCCCUUUGGCACACCAAGCAGGAAACCCAGCACCUCAGUCUCUCCUUGGUUUUCUCUUCAUUCCUUUGAACUUCAGAAAGAUGGAGACUCCUUAACUUCAUGGCCGUAGAUUCCUAUGGCUGGUUGGCAUGGAGCCCUGGAAAUAUCAGAGAGAUUUGAGUUCAAGGCCACAGAGUAGGGGAACAUGAAGGCCAGUCAGUCCUAAGGCCAUGUUGACAGUUGUGAAGAAAGCUUGAUGGCAAAGUCCAGGGUGGUGCCUCCCGCUCAACAGUAGAAACUUAAAAGUUGGACCCAGUGAGAGCCCUAGACAAUCUAUUCUGUUGUCAACAGAGAGAACUCCCUCCUAUCCUGGAAUACAAUAUUCUGAUGCACAUGUGACAAGGGAUGCAACAUCUGCCUUAGACAGUAAGCUCCAGCUUAGCAGCUUUCUUGUGACUGGUUCCGAUGCACAUCAUAGGUACGGCAGCUCACUUGAGCUGAUCUCCUUGGAAACAGACUUCAGUUCUUUAGCCUGUCCUCUGAGAUUCCCUCUAUUGCACAACAAUCUGUUUCCAUUCCCAUAACUGGAGAAGGGACCAUUUUUGUAGGAUGGGAAUGGGGGAGGGCUGAGGGGGGUCACUAGGAAGCUCACUGAUGAAAUACAGUGCGCUUAGUACUUUCAAACACAUUGAUACAUUGACUGUUGUUUCAUUUUGUGUUUUGAGGUAAGGACUCACUUUGUAACCAGGCUGUUCUGGAAUUUGUGAUCCUCCGUGCCUCCUAAGUGCUGGCAUUAUCAGUGAGAAUCAUGAUGCAUAAUUUUCAUCUGAUAAGUAUUUUGGCAAUGGAAGAGUGGGACUUAUAUAACACAUGUACCUUUUACUCUCAAGUGAGUAAAAUCAUGUUGUUAUUCAACAUUUAGCAUUGAAUAGUCAACAACAUAUAUAUCAUUCAAUUGAGUACGGAAUUUAAAAAAAAUUUGUUUUUGAAAGUUGUAAGUUUGGGAGUGUUAGCCAAAUGCAUGUUUAUCAGAAUAAAUCAAUUUUCCCAAGUUGAUAACUUGCCCAGCCUCUGUUUGGAGGAAGGGAAACACAUGCUCCUGAGACAAAGAAUGAAAUGCAGGGUAUUUUUGGACCAGCAGGGUAAGGACUUUGGCCUGGGGAUGGAAGGGUGCUUCACUGUCCCCUUCAAGUCCACUUGACAUUGAGUGGAAACCAAGUUUCUUUGAGCACUAAUGAAGAGAGAAAAUAAUGUGAGUCUCAGGCUAAGCUCAAAUCCCAGUUCUGACCUUGUGUGUGCCUUGUGUGUGCCAUCUAAUGUUUUUUGAAGUCUUUGCCUUUAUAAAAUGAACAUGAUACCUGCCUUUUGGAGUUGUGAAAAUUUAAGCCAAACACAAAAGUACUCAUCUUUUGGUUUAUUAUCCAAGUGCUGUUCUGUGCAAUAAAUCUAUAAACCUUUCCUUGAAGGAAGAUCUUUCAGAAGAGGCCAGGACAGGGUCUAGUUAUCUCGCCACCACCACCUUUCUCCCCAGUGCUCACAGAAACAUGGUGUUCAUGAGUCCUUUUAUAUUGUUGCUCCAGUGGGGAUUUCUGUCUUUGGUUAAGUACUUCAGAGCAUACAGGUUCCCUAGGGUAGGGAGGGGAGCGCAUUAAAUAGAGGCUACGCCUUUACUUUAAAGGCACGACUUUAAUCCUAGCACUUGGGAGGCAGAGGCAGGUGGAUCUCUGUGAGUUCAAGGCCAGCCUGGUCUACAUAGUUCCAGGACAGCUGGGGCCACAGGGAAACCCUAUCUCAAAAAUAUUAGAGGCUGUGAGUUGAUGAUUCCAUUAUCCCAAAGCUUUGAUUGAAAAAGGAGAAUAAGGAAGAGUGUCUGAGAGAUUAGAAACACAGAAGACAGAGACCUUGAGUGAAGCAGGGGCCAGAGUACUGCUGUGGACCUAGCACCUGUACCAAGGGGCAGUGUCACUGCAGGUCCUUAGGGUGGCAGGCUGUUUGACUGAAAGUGACUUCCCAUCACCCUAGCAAAGAACAUUCCUGGUGGCUUCUGCAGCAGUUUCAUCCCUGCUGAGGGCCAUGAAGGGGACUGAUUAGCUGUAUGGCCCUUUCUACUUCCCUUGGCUGAGUUUUUUUUCUGGGAUAAGGCAAUUGCCAAAGCUGCCUGGGAACCUUCCCUGUUGGCUUCCUCUGGUUCUAAAGGUUCCCUCUGACUAUGUGGGUUUCAGGCUAACAUUGGGACAGAGUAUAAAGAAACAACUUCAGUGUCUGCUUUGGGCCUGAAAACAGUGGUUUUGAGAGAGCCGCAUCUUGUCACUUGGGAUUUUGAUGCAGCCUCUCCAAAGACCCAAUGCCUUGAACAGUCUCCUGUAAGAAUUUACUCAUUGGUACCCCUGAGGUGCUGAACCUGUAUAUGGACCUGUGCAGGCUCAUUUGACUCCCCUUCAUCAACUUCUGAUCAGUGGAGGCAGCAAGCAGUCUUCAACUUGUCUUAGCCGAUUUCUCUCAUGGGUGAAACAUGACCAGAAGGAUCAAUAGCAGUGUGGUAUUCUAAGACCCAUUUGUGCCUUAAUCAGAAUGGACUGAGAUGCAUGGAAUACCAGAGACUGCCACAGGAGAUGUCAACAUUUUAAAUAUUACUGUAUUCUAACUUUAAAUUACUAACUUGGGAUAUCAUCUACCUCGGAGGUAUGGGGAUUAAACUGGGUGUAAAACAUCUAAGAAAGUGCCUCACAUACAUGGUGCAGAUUUCAGGUCAGUCGUAAACAGAUCAAAAUGACCACAAAAUAAUUUCCUCCUUGAAGUAACGGUAGCAGCAACAGUGUUAGCAUACUAUGAGGGCACCAUGUUACUAUUGCAGAUCUGUGGUAAAGGACGCAGCCAGCCCUCUGUCAAUAGCAGAUCAAAAUGUACUUAGGCCUGUGAUGGUUUUGUGUGUGUAUUGGACAUGAACAGACUUGUUUUUCUUGCCAGUGUUCCUUAAAAAUACAACUAUCUAUUUGCAUAAUAUUUACAUUGUAUUAAGGUAUGGUAAGUAAUCUAUACUUGAUUUAAAAUCUACAGGAGGUACAGGUUAAAUGCAGCAAACAUUACACCAUUUUAUGUAAGUGAAGCAUCUAUAUUUUGGUAUUUAGGAGAUUCUGGAACCAAUCCCUCAUAGGGACUGAGGAACAAUUGUUCUUUGAUUCUAUCCAUGGGAGAUUAGAGUUGAGGAUAUAAUCAAGAUAA